AUGCAGGGCAAGUGGCUCGUGCAGUCGGACGACUAUGGCAACCUCUACUUCUACAACACGAUCACGGGCGAGUCGGUGUGGGAAUUGCCCGAGGAGGAGGAAAAUGAGGACCAACAAGAUAAAGCAGUUGAAGUUGAAAGACCCCAAGCGCACUACAGUGUCUACGCUAUCGCCGUUGGAGUUGCUGAUACCAUGGUCAAUAUUGUGGAGACCAUUGAGAACAGCGCUGAAAAGCUCAAAAACUCCAAAAUCCGACGCAAAUUCGUAUCGCCAGCAGCCGAGAAGAGGUUUCUCAAGAAUAAAGAGAACGAGGAGAAGAAGAAGAGGCAUCUCCGCGACCGCACAAUCACAGCUUAUAUUAGCGUUUUAGUCCCGAAAAUUGAGCCUGGAGGAGCUGGAGAAGGCGGCGAGAAGCGACGACAAGUGCGUACUUUAUUCACGGCGGAGGAGUCGAGAAGAUGGCAGCGCGAGCGUGAACUGGAGCGAGAAGCCAAGCGACGUGCAACACGACGAGCUAGAAGACAGCACCAAGCAAAGGUCGAAGCGCUGCACAAGCAUCAGCAAAUGUUGAUCAACUUUCGGUCGGACCUGAUGAAGUAUCUGCUGGGCAAAAUUCUGUGCAGCACCGAGCUGCAGAGACAACGCAUCCUGCUGCUCACGACGCCACAAAUGCUCGCAGAAAUGAUGGAGCGGAAGAAAGAACUGCAAAUGAAGAUGGAGCCUGAGGUUGCUGAGAAGAUGGCUGAGGAGGAGAGACUGGUCAAGCAAAAGUACGAGAAGAACCUUCUGAAAGUGUUUACUACAAUCGAUGAGGCUGGGGCGGGCAAGCUACAUUUGCUUCAAAUUUUGUUUGGAGUCUUCUCGAAAGAGAAGCCUCAGAAGUACGCAGCCAAAGUGCGAGGACUCGCUGAGUUACUCAACUCUACAGAGUUGCAGCGAUUCCUAAUUGAUUUUGUAUCGCAGUCGGCCAGAAAGGAUGUUGGAGAGCCUCGAUUGGUUACCGCAGCCGAAUUUCGCGAGUUUGUAGCCAUAUUCGAAGAAGUGCUGGAUCACUACUCAGGCGUGAAAGCCGCUGUGGACGACGCUGAAAACGAUAUCGAAGCCACGUUGGCUGCAGCUGCGGACUCUUCGUCUGGAGGAGCAAGUCUUGCGCGUGCACGGAUGGGGGCGAUGUCAGCGAAGAAGAUCCAGCACGAGCUCGCUGCGUUGAAAGAGCAUGAACAGCAGCUUCAAAAGAUCCGAGAGCGGGAGAAGUGGCAGGGUUAUGGCCCCAAAGGAGACAGUCUCGUGGAGUUUAAAGAGGAAUGGGAGAAGAACCACCACCAUCGAUUCAUUCGCUUGGACGAGAGUCUGCCUGUGUUUUGCUGUCUCUGUCGAAGAAGAAAGUGGGAGCUAUGGAGACGAGAACAAGAAGAAAUCGAAAGCGAGUUUCGCAGUCACUGGCCAACGAUGCACGCGUUACGAGUCAAAGAUGAAGAGCUGCGCUUUGUCCAAGAGAGAGACCGAAAGAACGGCAUACCAGUUGAAGAAACAGAGCCAAAGCAAGAGCUGGAUAUACCAACUAACGAGGUCCAACCGGAAAAAUACGAGUUGACUGCGAAUAAACCUCAACGAAGAGUUCACAAGAAGCACGCUCCGAGGUCACCCGGGAAACGAGCCAAGGCACCUCCGACGAAUGAGGUGGUGGAGCGCGUCAAGGUGUUUGAAGCUGAAGAGAACGAGCGCAAGUUGAUGUACACGGAAGAGAUCAACAUGCUGAUCAUGCUCGAGCGCAAUCGACGCAGCGUUGAGCGACCGCUUCUACGUAUUCAAGACGGCGCACACGACGCUUUCGUGCGUUUGAUGGAGCAUUGCGUGAAUCCAUCAGGUUUUCUCUCGCGUCUGGAGUUCGAACGGUGUUUAGCGUUCUUCCCGCCCCAAAGAAUGGUUCUAGCCAUGACUGACAAGGCUGUGGUGUCAUUUGAGACAUCAAAUCGUCUCGUCCUUCAGACUAUUCUCUGCCGAAGCGAGUCAAUGGGGGACUACAUCUUCGAGCAAGUCACAAACAUGCAGAAAUCAUUGCGAAGUCCCUUCGUAGCGAAGGUUUCUUCCGCGCACAAGCACAUGUUCCAGCUGUUCUCCGAGCUGGGGCUGCUUGUCGAGUGCUGGCCCGUUGUGUUUGUCGUCUCCGAGUAUUUCACCGAAGGUAGCUGGCUCAACUACUACCGCACCAACUUCAUCGAUGUACCAAAAGAAGCCGUAAAAUACGCCGCCGUAGAGCACCACCUCCGAAAUGUGUUUCGCGAGGUAGCAUCGGGUCUAGCAGCCAUGCACAGCCUCGGUCUACUGCAUCUCAACAUCAAUUUGGGCAGCAUCUACGUCUCAAACGACACACAAGACGGCGGUGUCCACGUGAAGAUCAGCGGAUUAUUAUCCUGGAAGCACGACUACGACGCUGACAACCUCAAAGCUUCCGACAUGCACGACUGCUUCAACUACAGCUACGCGCCGCCCGAAGUGGUCAAGGAGCUGCCAAUCACUGCGAAGUCCGACGCGUGGAUGCUUGGGUGUGCACUCUGUGAGGCUCUCUUCAUGUGGCAACGUCAGCAGUUGAUGCUCUCAACGGCGAGCCAACCAGCACAAGCUGUUCAGCCCCUCAUCUUCCACUCUAAGAGUAUCGGGGAACUACUGCAGCAACUCCCUAUCGCCACGAGUGCGUCCAUGAGGUCCAUCAUCCGAAUGCUGCUGCAACCAAACCCAGCCCAAAGACCAAAUAUGGGUCAACCUCUGCGUCUUGUCAUGUCCAAGACGCCGGCGCAGAUGGCCACGCUCAAGGAGUUGUUCCUGGCGGCCCAGCAGGACGACUUCGACGCCGUGCGCGACUACCUCCAGGUCGUUCUACACGACGAGGCAGAGGCCAACACCGACAGCAGUAAGGCUAUUGAGUCCAUCGUCGAGGCCAAGACCAAAAACUCGCUGCUGCACUAUGCGUGCGACAACGGCAACCUGGAGGCGUGCAAGUACCUGCUCAUGUGCGAGGGCAUGGCCACCGCCUUCCUGAACGAGAUCAACGCGUUCGGCCACACGCCGCUGUUCUACGCCGCGAGUAGUGGCAAGCUUCCGCUGGUCAAGUGGCUCAUCUCGAACGGGGCCGACAUCGACACGGACUACAGCGACCGCAGCGACGUCGUCCCGCGGGACGGAGAUCUCGGCAUCUUCACGCCGCUGCAGAUCGCCUGCUACAGGGGCCACGAAGGGGUCGCCAACUUCCUCGUAGAGUGCAACGCCGAGCUGUCCGGGACACGAAGGAACGGCAAGACGCCGCUGCAUUUCGCCAGCGCGGAGAACCACCCGGCCAUCGUCAAGCUGCUGAUCGAAGCGGGGGCGGAUGUCCACGCGUGUGACGGAGAAGGGAAGACGCCGGUGGAUGUGGCGAAUAGCGCCGUGCUUUCGCUGCUGCUACCGGAAGAGUAUGGGGCGCAGAAUGAAGACGGGAGUGCGUUAGAGGGGGCGGCUGGAGAUAUUGGAGACGAUGACGACGAGUUUGAAGGAGAUGAGGAGACUAAAGGGGCGAUGGAGGGGGUGAAGGGCGCGUUUGGGGCGGAGAUCGCGCGGUCUUUUAGAAGCAAGACGUGGAAGACGCGCGUGGUUGCGAUCACGGACGCCAGUAUGUGCUUCCAGAACGUCUUCAAGGGGAAGAACCUCGUCAAGUUGUUCGACGGCGCGUGUGUGAUGAUGGAGAUGGCGCUGCAGGACGCGGUUACGCAGGUGGCGUCGAGCUGCUGUACGUCGCUGCUGAAGGUGGCGUUCAAUGCCGCCAUGAGCGAGAAAGACUUCCACACGAAGCAGUUCCACGAUGAACGGCCGGUCAUUGAUCGAAUUGCGAGCGCGCUGCUGGUACGCGGUGCUGGAUCCAACGAGAAAGACGCGAGUGAGGCAGUGACGUCGCUGCUGUUCUUGAUCUGCAAGAGCGUCGACAUCACGCGGUACCUGACGGCGCAGAUUUCGCAGAUGAUGGUCUCGUCCUCUUCAGCUCAGCCGGUGUUGUCUCCUAGCAAGGAAGGCAGCAGCGCUGGUCUGUCGGCAUUAAGCGCGAAUGUAUCGUGGCGACACCAACUUGUGGCGAUCAAAAUCCUCAACGCCAUCGCGAACCAGUACCGAAUGGACGAGAAAUCUAGCGGCUUGAGCUUCGCCAAUGCGAUGAAGAUCAAUAUGAAGGGAACACCUGAAGCAAUCUACGAACAUACUAAAAGCUGGUGCGAGUCUCUCUUCAAGCAGCAGAACCAGCACCUGAAGCCAUCGAUUCAAGCGAAAAUCAACACUGGACUCAAGAACGCCCUUCAGAAGAGCAAGCGCUUAUCCAUCCGAAGUGACGAGUCUUCGGAUCGAGGAGACGAUAACAGGAAUGGUGUUGGUGGCGCCAACGCCGCUGCGUUUGACGUGCCCACAGCUGCGUUAUCCCCUCGAAGUAAAGCCUCGCAACGAGAAGACGAUCUCCCCUACGCAGAACCCAUUCAAGGUCAGAACAAGGACAUCGCAGUCGAUAUGCUCGAAUGUUUCGGUGAGAAGGCGACAAGGUGCCUCUUCUCCAACGCCUGGGCGCCCCGCGUCGAGGCGCUGAGCUACGUGCAGUAUUUGGUGGAGACUCGCCAGCUCUCGUUCGCAGCUCAAAGUACCAACUCUUCUAUUUCCCAACGCACUCUGGUCAGUGCCAUGCAGACGACGCUCAUGCAGGCGCUCCAGGACCGCGUCAACUCUGUGUUUGAGGCUGGCGUCUCGCUGCUGAUGGAGGUCAGCAUCGCCUUCGACAGCGUCGUGGCCUCCCCUACCGAUGUGACGGUGAUGCACGACCUUGUCCGCCCACUCAUCCCUCGAUUGCUCGUUAAACUCGGCGACUCCAAGAACCGGCUGCACGUGACGACGGAGGACGCGCUAUUGCUGCUUUCAAGACAGGCCUCCUGUAUCGGCCCGGUGUUUUUACUCGAAGAAAUGAUCGCGUGCGACCGCAAUUCGUCGCCGCAAACGCUCUCCGCUACCUAUCUGACCAACAAGAUGGCUCUCGUGUCCAAGCUGAUGCUGGAGUUCGGUAUCGUAGAAAGCUCGGGGGAGAAAGGAUUGCUGCCAAUCCGGAAUGUGCUGCAGCUCGCCCUGCAGGUGUGCGAACACAAGGACCAAAACGUGCGCCUGAUGUCGCUGCAGAUUGUGGCGGACACGCUGCAGGUGGCUCGCUCCACUGCGAUGCCCUUUAUUGACGCUUUAGCUCGCUCCUCUCGACAGAAACUCAUCUCGAAACUCGUUGAGAGGGGCGUCAUGGAGUCCGAUAUGCUCAUGGACGAGGUGGACGACUUCGACAUCCCAACAGAAACCGCUCGACCUGGAACGUCUGGAGGCAUUCGACCGCCUACCGCCUCUGGAUCCUCAACGAAGCACCGACCAGCACUCGCCAACCCGUCGCUGUCAGCCAACGCGCCUUCCUCUAGCAGCCAAUCGAGCAGUGCGUCCCAGUCCCAACCAGUCCAGCUCCCGUACGGCACGGCGCUUACGACCGAGCAGAAGGAGCUUUUCGCCAACAUUAUCCAAGGCUUCGGCGAGGAAUUGGUGCGCUGUUUACUGGAUAAAGCGUGGGCUCAGCGGGAGGCUGCGGUCCGUGAAGUGGAGCGACAGGUUGUGUGUUGUGUCAGUGGGAGAGUUGCAACCGACACGGCAUUGCCUAAAACUCUGGAAGCUCUUGGCAUGCUCGCUCAAGUGCUUGAAAUCGGACUGAACGACACCGUGGCGCGAGUUUUCCAGUGUGCGCUGCGGCUUUUUCAGGUUAUCGCGACGGAUUUCUUGCCGUUAGUGGCGUCGGAGCACCAGUACGUGGACGAAAUAUUGGAAAAUGUUGUCGGCCUCGUGCUGCAGAAGCUGGGGGACACGAAGCAGCGGCUGCGUCAAGACUGCUACACGUUGUUGCACUCGAUGGCGUCCUUGGGUCACAUGGGCCACGCGCGGAUGUGCAAGAUGCUGGCGGAAAAGUACCAGCAGCUCUCGUCGUCGUCUAACGCAGUGGCAGCUUCGCCGCUGGUAAUUGGAGAGCUACUGCGUUUAUUCACUACGUUAGUGAGAGAAGCCCCCGCAGGCGACAACCACAAGCAGCCAGACUUAACCCUCAUUCUGGGCAUUGUCCGGCCGGCACUGGAAAACAAGCACGUGGACGUCCGUAACGCCGCCAUCACCACGUACACGACCAUCUACGAAGCUACCAAUGGCGGGACGAGUGAUUCUUACGGGGUUGUGGACCCCAACAGCUUUUUAGCGGACUUGAAGCCUUCAAUGAGGGAAACGAUCACUCGCAGCGUGGUGCAGAUCACCAAGGCGCUACCUACGAGCUCACUCGCCAGAGAGAACGACGAUAGCAGUCGACCGGAGAUUGAUAGCGGCCGGAAGCUGCAGCGACCGCUUGGUGUGGACGCUCAUAAACUUGGACAGAUCUGCUCAGCUGAGAUCACGGAGCUGCUUACGUCUCCUUCGGGGACCGCAGCUCAACGGUGUCUUGGAGUGGACAAACUCGUGGACUACCUCACAUCUUCUACGCCAGACCCGAAGUUUAAAGGCGCGUGGGAGACGUGUUGUCUGCUGGUGAAGCAGUUGAUGCUGGAGACGACGCCAACGGUUUGUCUGGCUGCGUUUGAGCUCCUUCAGCUACUUAUCGACCCCCCAGCGCAGAAUUACGGACGCGACGGACAGGAUUACGCCAUUCCGUGGGGCGAAUGGGGCGUGCAUCUCGUGCUUGGAUCCACAAUUCGGAGCGUCGUGCAGCUCAGCGCCAGUGAAAGUGUCCGCGUACGUUCAAAAGUGAGCGAUAUCCUCCGGUUAGUGGCAGGGAAGAGUGCGGUAGGCAAGAACGCCGUAUGCAACGCCAUCCUUAGUGCGCCGGAGCAGAGCGACAUGAGCGGAAGCGCCGGGGAAUCCAUCUCUGCUCGGAAAAUCGCCUUUACCAAGCUGCGAUGGCAGCUUUCACUGAGAUUGGAGCUGCUCUACGAGUUUCUAGUGGUGACGGACAGCAGCAACGGUGGGGCGCCCUCCCCACCGGCAAUGGGGAGGCGGAAAUCCACCAGUAGAACGGCAAAGUCGUCCUCUACGUCAUCAGAGCCACUAGGUUUGGUCAACGUCGUGCCAUUCCUCGGUUCAUGCGUGACACAUCCGAGCCCUCUCAUCCGCACUGCGUCGGCCAAGUUCAUGCGCUUCCUGCGUUCUACCAGCGAGGAAGAACUCACGACUUUUUUGCAGUCGAGUUGCUCUCCAGCUCUGCAGAGGCGACUGCAGACGCUCAUGGCGCAUGCUGCCAGGGAUGAAGACGAGGAAGGGAAUAAUGCCGACCACUUCGAUGCGGACAGAACCACGUGUGUGCGUGGAAGUAGAGCGUCACACGUACGACGAGUUGCUGCUCUACGUCCUCCCCGGUCGGUGCCUGUGGAGGAGAAGCAGAUGAUGGUGGACGUGUUCCCCCCACCGAAUUCCGCUCCGGGUAAGAGUCGACGAAGUGGGGGCGAUGCAGACGAUGAGGAUGACUCGAUGAACGAUGGACGCAGCCAGAAGCAGCCCAUUUGGCUCGACCAGCAGCUCGGAUCAAGCAGGAAAGCGCCGUCAGCUAGCGACAUGUUCGGAGCGCUAUCCUUCGAUGACGGUGAGCCUGAAGGCCCCAUUAUGGUCGGCGGCGGUGCGGCUGGACUCAUGAAAGCUCGUCGAAAGAGCACGCAUCGAGGGACCAGCAGCAACAACGACGAGAUAAAUGAACGGACUCGCUACGGAGUCUACUAA